AUGUCAGAUAGCGAUUUAGUGGAAAAUACAAAAAAAUUAAUAGAGACAUCAAACAAUCGUCAACUCUAUUUAGAUACGAUAAAGCAACAAUUUAAUGAGAAGUUGAAAGACGAUUUCUUAAAUAAGAAGGUAGACGACUCUACUUCAUUUAGCUCAAACCAGUCCAUACAGCAAUUACCUACAGAUCCACUCUCUUUCGAAUCUGAGUUACUUCAGAGUGUUGACUACUUCGGAAAGCUCAAGUUUAAGUAUGUAGAGCAGCAAACAAAAGAAAACUUCCUGAAGAAGAUUCUCUCUACUCAACCACCGCUUAUAACACCAGAAGAUAACGCGAUCUUAGAGGAAUCAAAUAAGCAAGACAAACAGCUACUCAAACAGGCAAAAGAGGCUACUGAUAAGAAAACUCAGAACUUAGAAGAACUCGUACAGGUGGUAGCAGAAGAACAUGACAACUACACUCAAGAGUUGUCCUCUGCUAAUGAACUUCUCAGCGAAAUCCAAGAAAUGCAGCUCGAGUUGGCCAAAUUGAGAGCCACGCAUCCACCAGAGCAAAGAUUAACACCCGCUGUUGCGCAAGAAAUUCUUGAUGAUCAGAUUAUUGAAAUGCAGAACCUCUCUGAUAUUAAAGAACAGCAAGCACUUGAACGUAGCCAGUUGACAGAGGAAAUCAAAACACUUACUGACCAAGACGAGAGAUUGCAACCAGAGUUAUCAGCCGCGAAGAGAAUGGGAGAAGAUGCUAAACGCGCGAAGGAAGACGUUGAGGAUGGUAUAGAAGAUUUAAACACAUGGCUUGAUGCUGCGCGUGAAGUAUAUUCAAACCUAAUUGGUAUCUUAAACGUCAAUACACCUGAACCAGCAACUCUAGAAAUAGAAUACGAUGCACGUAAGGAUCUCAAAGGAAAAUUUCUGGAGAAUAUGCAUCCUAAGUGCACACUUUUCUUAAACUUUAACCCACAAACUAGGAGGUUUGUAGGAGCAGAGCUGCGUAAUGCACCGGAAAAGGUAGUUAUCGAUGACGCUAUCGAAGCUGCGGAACUUCAUGGAUCAGCACCUCGCCUUAUCCAGGAUUUGUUGUAUAGACUGAGAACACAGUAAUUACCAAUCCCACUGUUGUAUUAUUAUAACUUAUGUAAUAAGAUCUAUAU